UGUGAGCGCGGGCGGCGGCGAUGGCCGUGGCCGGGCAGGAGGACUACGCGUACCUCUACAGGGACUCCUCUCACCCCGCCGGCUUCCUGGAGGCGUUCCGGGCGUUUUACCUGGACGGGCUGUUCACCGACAUCACCCUGCAGAGCGCCUCGGGCGUCUUCUUCCAUUGCCACAGGGCCGCCUUGGCGGCUUGCAGCAGUUAUUUUAAAGCCAUGUUCACGGCCGAUAUGAAGGAGAAAUCUAAGAGCCAGAUCAGCCUUCCCGGGCUCAGCCACGCCGUACUGGAAGCCCUCGUGAAUUAUGCGUACACAUCACAGAUCCAGAUAACAAAGAGAAACGUCCAAAGCCUGCUCCAGGCUGCAGACCUCCUCCAGUUCGUGUCGGUAAAGAAAGCCUGCGAGCAGUUUCUGGUGAGGCACUUGGAUACUGACAACUGCAUAGGGAUGCACUCCUUUGCCGAAUAUCACGAUUGCUCAGAGCUAGAGAAAGAGUCCAGGAGGAUAUUGUUGUGGCGGUUUGAAGAAGUGUGGAAGCAGGAGGAGUUUCUGGACAUUGGCAAGGAGAAGCUCUCCUAUAUUCUCUCCCAGGAGAAUCUCAACGUUUGGAAAGAAGAGGCAGCCAUUGAAGCUGUUGUUAAGUGGGUCGCACACAAUGUGGAAGAAAGAAUUGAAGACGUCUACGAACUGCUGAGCUGCAUCAAAGUAGACUUAGAUAACGUGUAUUUGAGGUCAGCUUUAAGCCUACAGAAAAAAUGCCGACUUAAUGACAGUAAAAUAAGGUCACUCAUAUACAGUGCCCUGAACCUCAAUCCCAAAGGCCUCUCCAGAAGACCCACAGCAGCCAUGUAUGUGAUCGGAGGAUAUUACUGGCAUCCCUUAUCAGAAGUGCAUGUUUGGGAUCCUUUAACCAACGCGUGGGUCCAGGGAACAGAGAUGCCGGAUCACACCAGAGAGAGCUAUGGGGUCACUAGCUUGGGACCAGACAUAUAUGUGACAGGAGGUUACAGAACAGAGAGCAUCGAAGCCCUUGACACCGUGUGGAUAUAUAACAGUGAGAGAGAUGAAUGGACAGAAGGCUGCCCCAUGCUUGACGCAAGGUAUUACCACUGCGCGGUUUCCUUGAGUGGCUGCAUCUAUGCGUUGGGUGGUUACCGAAAGGGAGCUCCAGUGCAAGAAGCUGAGUUCUAUGAUCCUUUGAAAAAGAAAUGGCUUCCUAUUGCAAACAUGAUCAAAGGUGUUGGAAAUGCCACCGCCUGUGUCCUGCAUGAAGUCAUCUACGUAACCGGAGGUCACUAUGGGUACAGGGGAAGCUGCACCUAUGAUAAAAUCCAGAGAUACCACUCAGGUAACAAUGAGUGGAGUAUAGUCACCACAAGUCCGCAUCCAGAAUACGGAUUGUGUUCAAUUACAUUACAAAACAAGAUCUAUUUUGUGGGUGGACAGACCACGAUCACGGACUGCUAUGACCCAGAGCAAAACGAGUGGAAGCAGAUGGCUCACAUGAUGGAGAGAAGGAUGGAGUGUGGCGCGGUGGUGAUGAACGGAUGCAUCUAUGUAACAGGAGGAUAUUCCUAUUCAAAAGGAACGUAUCUGCAGAGUAUUGAGAAAUACAACCCUGAACUGAAUAAAUGGGAAGCAGUAGGUAAUCUUCCCAGCGCUAUGCGGUCACAUGGCUGUGUCUGUGUGUAUAACGUGUAAACAUUUAAUUUUCGUAUUGCUGUUACAGAAAACAGCACGUGCAGUAUUCGUAACAGUACUGAUUACCUCAUGAAUGAAAUGUCUAAUACAAACUCUUAGCGCACAUCAUUAAAAACUAGGUAUAAUUUGUCUUUAUUUUAAACAAUUCAGAAAUAUAAAUGUGGUAACAAGAUUUCCAUAUAUUUUUCAGUCCAAUCAUUCUUUGUCAUGAAAGUUUUCAAAUUACUCUCUUACGAUACUUUGUGCAGCUAUAUAGGAGCUACUGUGAAAAACAGAUUUGUUCAUUCAUCACUGGGCGCUAAGGUGAGUAAAGCCAAACAAAAUGUUCUGCAUUUCUAUGGACUACUGGGCUUAAGAUGAAAUCUUUGAUACUCCAAAGGUAGCUACAGAAAUGGUUCAUUGCUACAAGCUAAGUGUGUGGUACAUAUAGAGCAAUAUCACUUGGAUAACUAGGUUAUCUCAUCCAGAAAUCAUGGCAGUUAUAGUAUGCCUGUAAUUCUAUCUUCGCAUGCCAGAGCGGAGAAGAGCACAGGCUGGGAAUGAGGGAAGAAAUGUCAUGCAGUAGCCCCAGAGCACAAGCUGAAAGCAUGCACUAGUUUUCCAGAAGGAGAACAGUGCUCUGCGGUACAAGGCAGUUUGAGAAAAGUGCUCACUUUGCUGUGCUCACACUGGCAGGGCCUGUGGGAAAUAAAAAAAGACGCUGCAUGGCUUUGCAGUGGGCUCUUUGGCUGAUGCACAGGUA